UUCACAUUUGUUUGUCAAAAACUUUCAAUUGAACAAGAAAAAAUGGCUGUUCUCUCGCAGGGUGUAGGCUAUGGAGUAGUCCUUGGCAUUGGAGCUCUCUUUGCUGUGUGUAUGAGUCUUGUCACAAAGGCAUUGCACCGAUACUUGAAUGAAAACCAGCAAUCAUCAGAAAUGUACAUGACGGCUCAAAGAACCGUAAAAAUGGGUCUCACUGCUAGUGCUAUUGUUAGCGCUUGGACUUGGGCUGCUACACUAUUGCAAAGUACCUCUAUGGCAUACAAAUACGGUAUCUCUGGUUCUUUCUGGUAUGCCGCUGGUGCUACUGUUCAAGUCUUGCUAUUCGCAGUAUUGGCUAUUGAACUGAAGAAGCGUGCUCCUAAUGCACACACCUUCUUGGAAAUCGUCUAUGCUCGUUACGGCAAAGCUACUCAUAUUAUCUAUUUGUGUUUUGCCUUAGCCACCAAUAUUGUUGUUUCUGCUAUGCUUCUGCUGGGUGGAAGUGCGGUAGUCUCUUAUUUGACGGAUAUGAACGUCAUUGCUGCCUGCUUUUUGCUGCCUUUAGGUGUCAUCGUUUACACACUCUUUGGUGGCAUCAAAGCCACUUUCCUCACUGAUUAUGCGCAUACCACCGUCAUUUUUAUUAUCAUCAUUGCAUUCACCAUGACUGUGUACGCUACAUCACCAUUGAUUGGAAGUCCCAGCAAAAUGUACGAUAUGUUGGUUGAAUCGGCACAAAAGAACCCUAUUCCUGACAAUGCCCAAGGUUCACUCUUAACCAUGUCAUCAUUGGGAGCUUUAGUUUUUGGCAUUAUCAACAUUUGUGGCAACACCUCCACUGUUGGUGUCGAUCAAGCAUACUGGCAACGAGCUAUCGCUUCCCAUCCUCAAUAUGCUGUCAAGGCUUACUUAAUGGGCGGUCUUGCUUGGUUCGCUAUUCCCUUCGGUCUCGCUACUUGCAUUGGUCUUGCUGGCCGCGCUCUCCAAAUCGAUAUCAGUGCUUCUGAUGUAAGCGCUGGAUUGGUCUUGCCUGAUGUCGCUGCUCGUUUGAUGGGACCAGCCGGAGCAUUUGCCAGUUUGAUCUUAGUGUUCAUGGCUGUCACCAGUGCCUCGUCUGCUGAAUUGAUUGCUGUCUCUUCUCUUUUGACCUACGACGUUUUCCGCACCUAUAUUCGUCCUGGUGCUUCUGGAAAGGCUGUCAUUCGUUUCUCUCACUCCAUUGUCAUUGGCUUUGGAUUUUUUAUGAGUGUGUUGGCUGUCAUUUUGAAGCAGACCGGCGUAGAUCUUGGCUACCUGUACACGUUGAUGGGUGUCCUGUUGUGCCCUGCUGUAGCUCCCUUGAUGUGCACUCUUCUUUGGUCUAAGCAAAGUAGGCUUGCUGCCAUGGUUUCUCCCAUCCUUGGCCUUGCUUGUGGUCUCGUUGCUUGGUUGGUCACUGCCAAAGGUAUCUAUGGCGAAAUCACCUUGGCUUCCACGUCUGGUAACUACCCCAUGUUGGCUGGUAACCUUGCUUCAAUUAUUGUUCCUAUCCCAUGCUUAUUGAUCUUGACCUGGAUCAAGCCUGAAAAUUUUGACUGGGAAAGCACCAAGAAAAUUGAACAGAUUGCCGACGACGAAAAUGUUCACGAUGAGUCGACUGCUAUUGACAUUGAACCCAAGCCUGUUGUUGCCACUGAGCCCAAACUAACUCCCGAAGAGGAAUUAAUCAGUCUCAACAAGGCAUCUCGUUUUGCCAAACUAUCCAGCGUAGUGUUAACACUAGCUUUGGUCAUCUUGUGGCCACUCCCCAUGUAUGGCUCUCAAUAUGUGUUCUCUCGAGAGUUCUUCACCGGCUGGGUGGUGGUCAGCUGUAUCUGGAUCUUCUGCAGUACCCUUGCUGUGGCCAUUUAUCCCGUAUUUGAAUCUCGCGCAUCCAUUGCUGUGGUAUUCCGUGGCAUUUAUCGAGAUUUGACCGGUAAAGGAAAGACGUCUGCUGAUUCUUCACCCACCGCCAGCAGCAUCAAAUCAGCCGGCGACCAAACUGAAGUCAUUGUCGCUGAAAAGCAGUAAAAAUCUCUAUUCAAUUGAUUCGUAAUGAUGCUCCCUCUAUAAUUUCUGUAACCAUGUGUAUUUCACUAUUCUCUGUACAAAACCUCUGUAACUUAUCAGCCAGAUGGGUGAUAAUCUUAUAAAAAUAAAAAUAUUCGUCAUCGCCAACAU